GAGGCGCACUCAUGUGACUGCCUCACGUGGUUUCAGGGCUAAAUGAUAGGGGCUCGUCUCAAGCUCACACACUUUGUUGUCCAGUGACCCACUGUCAGGUCAGAGAGGGGAAAGAUUUUAUCAAGUUCACACAACUGACAAACAAGCUACAGGCACAAUGUGGCGUGCAGCCCUCCUGCUAUUGGCUGCCAGCUUGUCGGUGAGCCUGGCCAGACCCUAUUUGCAACCUCUGUCUGACGAGAUGGUCAACUACAUCAAUAAGAUUAACACUACAUGGAAGGCUGGUCACAACUUCCAUAAUGUUGACUACAGUUACGUCCGGAGUCUCUGUGGUACGAUGCUGAAGGGACCUAAACUGCCAAUCAUGGUUCAGUAUGCUGGAGAUAUGAAGCUGCCUAAAGAAUUUGACUCCAGACUGCAGUGGCCCAACUGUCCCACUCUGAAAGAGAUCAGAGACCAGGGCUCCUGUGGAUCCUGCUGGGCGUUUGGUGCUGCCGAGGCCAUCUCUGACCGUGUGUGUAUCCACAGCAAUGGCAAGGUCAGUGUGGAGAUCUCCUCUGAGGAUCUGCUGACCUGCUGUGACAGCUGUGGAAUGGGAUGCAAUGGUGGCUACCCCUCAUCAGCCUGGGACUUCUGGACCAAAGAGGGACUUGUCUCUGGAGGUCUCUAUAACUCCCACAUUGGUUGCCGGCCCUACACCAUCGCCCCCUGUGAGCACCAUGUGAAUGGCAGCAGACCACCCUGCACUGGAGAGGGUGGAGACACACCCCAGUGCAUCUACAAGUGUGAACCUGGAUACACACCCAGCUACAGAGAGGACAAGCAUUAUGGUAAAACAUCUUAUACAGUGGAGGCAAACAUGGAGCAGAUUCAGUAUGAGAUUUAUAAGAACGGCCCAGUAGAGGGAGCCUUUUCCGUCUAUGAAGACUUUGUGCUGUACAAGUCCGGUGUGUAUAAGCAUGAGUAUGGGUCUCUUGUGGGUGGCCAUGCCAUCAAGAUCCUUGGUUGGGGGGAGGAGGAUGGCGUUCCCUACUGGCUCUGUGCCAACUCCUGGAACACUGACUGGGGUGACAACGGAUACUUUAAAAUCCUGCGUGGUGAAGAUCACUGUGGUAUUGAGUCUGAGAUCGUGGCGGGCAUUCCCAAAUAAAACUUAAGGUUUGAGCUGCAGUAACCAUAUCUUAAUCACUAGAUGGUGACACACCUCUGCUUUUAGUUAUUACUUUUAAAGCCCACUGGUCGCCUUGCACACAUGACAUGGUUUUCUUUCUACAGCAGACUAAAAAAAACUAAAGCACAACCUUCACUUCAUGUUGGUGGAUUAGCAAAUGGGGUAUGACAGCAACUAUGUGGCUGCUGAAGCACUGUUGAAUUGAAGGUGAAUGAGCUGCUGUUAGGUCUUGUUCCUUAACCACUUAAAACAAGGCCAAUCAAAAAGUUGCACGAGAAGAAAAUGUUUUUUUUUUAGAUAUGCAUGUGCAUUUCAUUUCAUCUCAGGUGAUCAGACUGUCACUGUUAGAAGUGAAUUUGACACCUUGUUUUUUUUUUUUUAAUUGGUUGGUGAAAAUGCUGGCCUUUUAUGGUAGAGGUCUGUUUGUUUGAAUGUGUCUGAUUUUAAAUAAUCACAGUUGUCAAAUUGACUGUUUUUGUUUCUUAGUCCCACUGCAACUCCAUAAUGUCUGACUAUACUCAUUGUAAGUGGUGCCUGUUAGUGUUUUUAAAUUUUAGUGUUGAAAAAUGAAACUUUUUUUAAACGUAUGGUUGGAAAUUAAUUGCUGUGUCUUUAUUGUCUGCCUGUAUUGAUCAAAAAUAUUGGCACAAUACUGUUAUAUUCUGAAUCAAAUAAAACAUUCUUUGGUUUGCA